AUGUCUCUCUUUUUCACGAUCCUUACCUCGCUGUCUGGCAUUGCCAGCGUAUUCGCCUUCCCUGUCCCAGUCUCAUUUUCAGAAGAGCCUGCAGCCCUCGAGCGUCGUGAGGUCACCACUCUGACCUCCUCACAGCUUGCAGAUUUCGCUCCCUAUACGGAGUUCGCGAGAGCGGCUUACUGUCCCUCUGACAUCGUUACCGGUUGGCAAUGUGGUGAAGCGUGCGCCGCUGUUCCAGGAUUUGAAGUCUCACUCACCGGAGGCGACGGCAAUGCCUUGCAGUUGUACUAUGUUGGGUAUUGGCCUCAGGAAAACGCAGUCGUAGUUGCCCACGAGGGAACUGAUCCCACUCAAUUCUUGUCAGAUCUUACAGAUGCUGACAUUAUCACAGAGAAUCUCGACAGUUCUCUGUUCCCUGGUGUCUCCUCGGAUAUAUGGGUCCACAGUGGUUUCGCGAACGAGCAAGCCCAAACGGCCACAACGAUCCUGACGGAGACGAAUUCUCUCAUACAGCAGUACAGCGCUACCAAUGUCAUCACUGUCGGACACUCGCUAGGUGGUGCCCUUGCCCAGCUUGAUGCGCUGUACCUGACCUUGCAACUCCCCUCGAGUAUCCACAUUAAAUCAAUCACCUACGGGACGCCUCGCGUGGGUAAUUCCGCGUAUGCGACAUACUUUGACUCGAUGGUUCCUGAUUACACUCGUGUAAAUAAUGAGUUGGAUAUCGUACCCAUCGUACCCGGCCGCUUUUUGGGUUUCCUGCACCCACAUGGAGAGGUGCACAUUAUUGCACCCGACGACGCGGUGUCCUGCCCCGGCGAUGAUGACGGCACGGAUGAACAGUGCACAGACUUAUCUGUCCCAAACAUCCUGGAUGGCAAUAUUGUCGAUCAUCUUGGCCCCUACCAGGGUAUUUGGAUUGGCACUCUCUUUUGUACCUAA